GCAAAGUCUGAUUUUAGGAAUCAGAGUGGGAGGGCUCUGGGAAAAGACAAGAAGAGGGCGGUGCCAGCUUCUUCAUAUUCACAAAUGUCAAUGAACUCUCCACAACAAACUGAAGCCUGAGGUGCGUGGGAUGGACUUAGGAUAAUGACUGUGGAGUUCUCGGGUAAUACGGAUUAACUCUGCUGAAGAAUUUCUACACCAUGACAGACAGAAAAUAACAGUCCGUCGUGUUACAGUUUGUCCGUAGUCGCUUCAUAUCGGACAGGUUGGAUUAUUAACCUCUGGAUAUCAUCGGAUCAAGUUGUUCCUGCGUUUUGGGGGACUAUAAGACAGGUGACUUUAUGUAGAGGUGCACCCAACUCCUUCAGGAUGAGACUGUGGACUUUACUUGUCAUUGUCUCGGUGUGCGCAUCCUCCCCUCUCUCAGCCGCAGAAACUUCUAAAGCCAAAGGUCCGGCUACAGAGAGCCGCUGCUCCGGCCGAGCCUGCAACCCCCGAAUGGGCAACUUGGCCCAGGGUCGAGUGCUGAGGACCCAGUCGGUCUGCGGCUCCAACUCCUCGGACAUAUACUGCUUCUACAAACAGACUGCUGCCCCCCGCAUCAGGGAGACAUGCUCGGCAGCGAAAUGCAGCAAGUGCAACUCUGCUAUCCCCAGCCAGGCGCACCCUCCCUCUGCCAUGAGCGACUCCUCUUUCCGCUACCCUGGCACUUGGUGGCAGUCUGCAGAGGGCGUGAAGGGGGAGACGCUCCAGCUCGACCUGGAGACGGAGUUCCUCCUCACCCACCUUAUCCUGGUGUUUCGCUCACCCCGCCCCUCUGCCAUGGUGCUGGAGCGAUCCCAAGACCACGGACACACAUGGAAGGCCCUCAGGUAUUUUGCCAGGGACUGCGAGGAGACGUUUGCUCUGGCAGAGGGGUCGUCAGUCGGGGAGAGUGGAGCAACUUGCACCUCCAAGUAUUCCGCAGCUUUUCCUUGUACCAGAGGAGAGGUGAUCUAUCGAGCCUUGUCGCCCUGGCACUCAGUGGAUCCCUAUGGAUCAGCUGCCCAGGACAAACUCAUGAUCACCAACCUGAGAGUCCGUCUGCUGCAGCGGCAGCCAUGUCCCUGCCAGGCCAAACAUCCUGGUGCUGCUCUCCUCCCCACAGACCAUUAUGCAAUCUAUGAUUUCAUUGUUAAGGGCAGUUGCCUUUGCAAUGGACAUGCUGAGCACUGUGUGCCGGCCAGGGGCUACCAACCCAGCCAACAGAAGCCCAGUAACAUGGUCCAUGGAAAGUGUGUGUGCAGACACAACACAGCCGGUGACCACUGCGAGCGCUGUGCACCUCUCUACAAUGACCAGCCUUGGCAGGCAGCCAACGGCAUCACAGGGACACCGCAUGAGUGCCAGAAGUGCAAGUGUAACGGUCACGCCAAGAGCUGUCACUUCAGUCGUGGAUUGUGGCUUGCAACGGGACGGCGAAGUGGCGGCGUGUGCGACGCCUGCCAGCACAACACAGAGGGCCGCCACUGCCAGAACUGCAAGACAGGCUUCUUCAGAGACCCCAGCCUACCGAAAACUGCCCCUGACUCCUGCAAACCCUGUUCCUGCCACCCUGUAGGCUCUGUCCUCUCAGGAGGUAGCACUCUGUGUAACCCUACCAGUGGAGAGUGCACUUGUAAGCCCGGUGUCGGGGGCCCCCGCUGUGACAGCUGCAUGCUGGGAUACUGGGGGCUUCAUGAAUAUGGCUGCCGUCCAUGUGACUGUACAGGGGACUGUGACCCCUACACCGGUGACUGCAUUUCUGGCUCAGAUGUGGAGGUCUUCUAUACAGCCACUGGCCACAUGGGACACAGCAGCAAUAAUAGUGAGACGGCACUCUUUAGGGUAGAGGAGCUUUUCUCUGCACUGCACCACUCUGAGAAAUGUGAGUGUGUAGAGGUAAACCUUGGCAGCCCUAAACUGUUCUGUGCUGCAGAAUAUGACUAUGUGCUGGUGGUGAGGGUCAUGUCAGCUCAUGAUAAAGGCUCCCAUGCGGAGGUUGAGGUCAAGGUCAAGAAGGUCCUGCACCAGAACCCUCAGAUGAAGAUCCAGAGGGGAAGAGUCACUCUUUAUCCAGAGUCCUGGACUGUCCAAGGCUGUACCUGUCCCAUCCUCAAUCCAGGAUCUGAAUAUGUUGUGGCUGGUCAUGAGGACUGGAAGACCGGCCGACUGAUGGUCAACACCAAAAGCCUGGUUAGACCGUGGAAGUCAAGCCUGGGACGCAAAUUCCUCCACAUGCUCAGAAAAGACUGUGGCCACUGGUAGGGUUUCGUCAAGAACUGCGAAAGACAGAGUGAUGGACAGGUGGAGGAUCAUCUGCAACAUACAGAUGGGUUGUUGGAUCAGUGAAGGCACGUGCAAAAUGAACAGGGGGACGGUCUCAAUUAGGCCUUUUGCUUGGAUGCUAAAAAUGUAAGCAAAACCCCACAUAUGCCACAGGGAUUUCACUAUUUCUUCCGUUUCCAAAGUGGAAUCCGCGGCCCCAAGGAACAGCUGCAAUGCCAGGAUGCUGUGGUCGUUGAACUGUGAUAGAGAUGAGCACAUGAUGUACCUCUUCAGAGCUACAGUGACUUAAGAAUCAAAGAGAACAAAGCAAGCUGCAAAGACUUUCAUCUGGCCAAAGACAAAAGGUUGAUAUCAUUCCUGUGUUACUGUAUGAUAUUCUUCAGCCCAUAUAUUUUUGUCCACAUUGUAAAACAAUAAGGAAUACACGUUAAAUCACAGUUGUACUUUAUUUGCUGGCCAAAGAUGCCGUCAGAGCUGAUGAGCCAAAGCAGUCUCGUCCUUCUGUAUCAGUUUCACUGGGAGCUGUUUACUUUGAAAUCUUACAAAGGUGCAGACUGAAUUAUCUUUGUCGACUCGCAGAUAUUGGCGAUAAAUCACAAAUGAGUCAACAUCAGAAUGCAGUGUCAGUAUGUGUGAGUGGAUGGGUGCAUUUGCUUGAUGUCCUUGGUGGUGGUGGUGGUGGUGGGGGGGGGCUUGGGAGUGUGCAGGUCAGAACAAGUAACUCCUGGAUCAGGUGGAGAAGAUGAAAAAAAAAAAACAUUAAAGGAAUCAGACAGCCUGAUCUGAACAGCUCCCCUUUGCUCCACCACACUCACCUGCCUGCUGUCUGCUGAGGGCAAAACACUCAGCUCCACCCUCUCUGGUCUGGAGUGCAAUCAACUGACUAAAACAGUCAGGAUUGAGCUGGCUCUUACAGCUGCUUCACUCACAAAAAUGCAUCACCGUCAGGCUGCUUAAGUCCGACAUGAUUCUGGAAGGAUUUUCUGCUGUCUUCGCACGGCCUGCUUCCAUAUGAGGAGGAUUCACUUGAGGAGGCCUCUCUGAACCUGACUCAGUGGGAGUCAGUGUGUGUGUGUGUGUGUGUGUGUGUGUGUGUGAGAGAGAGAGAGAGAGAGAGUGAGAAAAAAAAGAGGAGUGCAGACUGUCUUAACAUAUGCUUUUCUACUUGGCCUGUGACUCCUGCUGCCCCAAAAUAAAUACGUAUUAAAAGCCUGUGUAUUCAUUGACAUCACAGUGUAUCACAUCCAAAGUCCACAGGUCAUUUUUGAGCCAGUCCCAGUUAAGAAUAGUCGUGAUCUGCUGUCUCAAAGGAUAAGGACAAACUCUGUGAGGAGAAAUGAUGCAUUCCUCAGCCAUGACAUCACCGCCCAUGUCCUUGUCCCAAAGACUUUACCAAAAUAAGAGAAAAUGUGCUGGAUUUUCUUGUAAAGGACAAAGUGGUGACUUGGGGCGCAUGAAUGUACUCUGCCAUCAAUGUGAUGUUUGUAAUGCUAUUUCUGUGCUUCCUGUAAGUUCUUUUUUUCAUCUGAACUUCAUAAAUGACAUGUCAGUGUGCUCAUUCUU